GGUCGGGUGGACCCUAGUGGAAGCAGAAGCUGGUGGAGCGCUGGCUGGGUCGGCCGAUCUUUUGGAAGUGGCACAGGCGAUUUGCAGAAGGCAAAUCGAGGAAUCGUGCCAGAUGGCGAACCAGUGGUGGGGCCAGCUCUGCCGAUACGGCAACGCAGUUGAAGGAGGUGGUGGCCCACGGAUGCAGUUGAGGAGGCGGUCCGCAAGGAGUCGCUGGUGCUUUGUUGGCACUUGGGGGAGCGCUGUGCUCGAUGGUUGCGUGGGGCCGGUGGAGCCCGACAUGCAGUGCGGAAUAGGAACUCAAUUAAGGGUCGGCUGGACCCUGGUGGAAGCAGAAGUUGACAGAGCGCUGGUUGGGUCGGCCGAGUUAUUGAAGGCUGCGCAGGCGAUUUGCAGGGGGCAAAUCGUGGAACUGCGCCGGACGGUAAACCAGCGGCGGGGUCAGUUCUGCCGGUGCAGAGAUGAAGUUAAGGGAGUUCGUGGUCCGCUGAUGCAGUUGCGGAAGAGGCAACUGUUGGUGAAGAGCGCAGGACGUUGGUCGCGAGGGUUGUUGGAUGCUGGUCGCACGGACCUGGCAGAACGUUUCGUCGACCAGGGCGGUUGUCGCUUGAGGAGGCAGCGAGGCCGGAGGAAGGUCUCAGUACAGCAGCGCAAGAGGAGAUAUCGGCGACGGGGAACAGUGGAAAAGCGGAAUGGUCCCUGGUCGUCGGCGAUAAUUGCGCGGAAUGGAGAUGGUACAGCAAGAUGCUACGUGGGCUAUAGAGCCCUGAGGAAGGUGGCCACUGUGAAGGAUUGGCCGGACCCUGCCUGUGUAAGGGAUCUGAGGAACUUCCUCGGACGGUGCACCUAUUGUAGGCGGCUAGUAGGAAGCCUGGCGGCGUUGGCGGUGGUAUUGCCCAAGCCGCAGAGGGAAGGUGCCAACCUGUGGCUGGUGCUGAAGUGGUGGCCGUGGGAGGUGAGACCCCCGGAGGAGAAACCACCCAAGGGGACCCCCAGCCCCUGGAGAGUCUGCUGCUCGGAGGUGCGAGUUUAGUAUGUUUUUGUCGGGUCGACAAAAGCUUAGGUAGGGGGUAGUGUUACGGGGUUAGCUAGUGUAGUAUGUCCCAAUGACCUACUUUAGGAUAAACCCAUUGUCCUGUCAGAUUCAGGUGAAUUAAGGGUCAGUGAAGAAUGUGAAAGAGGAAGACAGAUUAAGGGAAUCUAAGAGCAGAUGGAGAGGGUAUUGACAGUAGGAGAGAAGGACAGGCAGAGAGUUUGGUAGAGCUGUCAUGAGAGAGAUAGAGUAUAAGACUAAGGGACAGAUAGAGAGGCUAAGGGACAGUAGGCGAUAUAGAUAGAGUAAGGAAUCAGAUAGCAAAUAGAAAGACUAUAGGUGGUAGAACAGAGGGAGAUGAGGGAGUGGAAGAAGCACAGAGACGAAGUGAGGUCUUGGCAGUUGGUAGUUGGUCGUCAGGAAGGACGGAUCAGGGCAGUUGUUGGUCGUGGAAGAACACAGACGGAUCUUGGACAGAUCAGCAGGGAUCUUGGGAUUUGAAGAGCAAGCGAUUGGAAUAUGCAGAAGGGAUAUGUACAGAAGGAUUUGGCAGUAUUGAGAGGAAUGGGACACUGGCAGAUUCAAUUAGGAAUUGAGGUAUGUGUUUGUGCAUUGAUACGUGUCACGAUGUAUUGAACAGUGAAAAGAACAGUCAAGGACUUGUCGAUAUGUUGAUUAUCGAGUUGUGGUAUUCAUGUUCAGAAUUGUGUUGAUGUGACAUUAUCUGUGAUGUUUAGAAAAGACUUUAAAAGAACUGUGUCUUCGGACGUGUACCUUUGAAAUACUGUAUAUGACUUGUUGUGUCUCCGGACUGAUAUAUUGUUACAUGAUGUUGUUAAAUGCAUUGAUCUGUGGUAUACCCGUAUGAUGUAUUGAUUUGUUGUUUGCCUUAAAUGUAUUUGAUGUGUAGCAAUUGAUUGUCAUAUAAACUAGUAGUUGUUGAAUAUAAGCCAGUGUUGCCAGUUGUUGCCUUGCCUCUUUGGGUUGUAUCUCGGAUUGUGCCUCUGUAUCUCUGUGCUGAGGAGGUGGUGGCAGUAUCCAUCUGUAUCUCCUCUCUCCGCCUCUUUGGGUUCCGUGGCGGAACUAGUGUGCGAGCCGUUCGGGACGAGCGACGACGGGCGAUUCCAGUCCGUUCCGUAACAAUAUUGACAAGGGAAUGAGCCUUCGGUUCUAAUCCAGAAACGAUUCGUCUAUAAUAAUCCAAUAGGCUGGGAUUUCGUAUAUUCUUUCUAUUUACCAUAUACGAGUUACAAUUUGUUGUUUCUGGAGACUUAUUAGUAGAGAAAA